UCGAUGUUCAGAUUAUUCGAAAAAUUCGACGAGUGUGGUUUGCUUAAAGUGGGGAGUUAGUGUUCGGGUUUAUAAUAAUUAAUAUCUAUUUACCCCUGAUGGAAAUAAAACCAAAUUAAUUAUAGUGGAAACGGAGAGAAUUUAAUUAAUAAAAUACAUUAUCUAAAAGUCUUCCAAAUUAUUUAUUUCUUACCUAACAAAGUCUUGAAGAGAAGGUAAGAAUUAUUCAAUAUGACAGCACACCGCUACCAUCUGCCCGCCACCAUGCGGUUGGUAGCCAUGCUCCUCGUCACCACAAUCGUUUGCAGCAACAUUUUAAACGUUCAAGCACAACUCGCCGGUAAACUUAUACAGGAUCCAUGUGUGAAUAAGGCCUCCUGUCAUGAAUGUAUACAAACACAAAAUUGCGCCUGGUGCAUGCAACCUGAUCUGGGCGAUUCGCCACGUUGCUUUAAAAAUAGUAUACAAAAUUAUUGUAAAGAGGAAUAUACAUGGAGUCCUCAAACAGAACAAAAGUUCACCAUAAAUCGCGAAUUAACACGUGGUGGUGAGGCAAGCGCUGCAGCCGGUGGUUACGGCUAUGGCGGUACCUAUGAGGCUGGCUCAUCGUAUAGCAGUAGCUCAUCUUCGUCAAGUUCAUCGUAUGCUGGUGCUUAUGGCAGUGCUGCUGCAGCUGGUGCUGCCGCUUCUAGCGGUGAAAUUGUACAAAUCAGUCCACAACGUGUCAGUCUUAAGUUGCGCAUCAAUCAAUUACACUCACUUAGCAUGCGUUAUUCGCAAGCUGUGGAUUAUCCCGUCGAUUUAUACUACUUGAUGGACUUGUCCAAAUCUAUGGAGGACGAUAAGGAUAAAUUGUCUGCGCUGGGCGAUAAAUUGUCAGAGACUAUGCGUAACAUUACGUCGAAUUUCCGUUUGGGUUUCGGUUCAUUUGUCGAUAAGGUGCUAAUGCCAUACGUUUCAACUAUACCCAAAAAACUCGAAAGGCCCUGCGAUGGUUGUGAGGCACCGUACGGUUACCGCAAUCACAUGCCUCUGAGUACAAAUACCUCAACGUUCACUUCCGAAGUGAGUCGCGCUGCUGUUUCUGGUAAUUUGGAUGCACCGGAGGGUGGUUUCGAUGCGAUUAUGCAAGCGAUUGUUUGUCGUCAGCAAAUCGGUUGGCGCGAGAAAGCGCGUCGUCUUUUGGUAUUCUCAACAGAUGCUGGUUUCCAUUAUGCUGGCGAUGGCAAGCUUGGCGGCGUGAUUGCACCGAACGAUGGUGAAUGUCAUUUGAGCGACCAAGGACUUUAUACACACUCUAUCAUCCAAGACUAUCCCAGCAUCUCACAAAUCAAUCACAAAGUAAAGCAAAAUUCGAUUAACGUCAUUUUCGCUGUCACCGCCAAUCAGCAUUCGGUGUAUGAAAAGCUGGCACAACAUAUUGAGGGUUCCUCGAGCGCGGUGCUGUCGGAAGAUUCAUCGAACGUUGUCGAUUUGGUGCGCUCUGAGUAUAGCAAAAUCUCGUCUUCCAUCGAAAUGAAAGACAAUGCUACCAGUAAUAUAAAGGUUACUUAUCACUCUUCAUGCUUGAAUGGUGGCGCCGAGAUACCAACCGCCAAGUGCGACGGCUUGAAAGUUGGUGAUGUUGUACAAUUCACCGCACAAAUUUUGGUCACCUCCUGUCCCACAGAUCCACGUGAAUGGAAUCAGGUCAUACAAAUAUAUCCUGUGGGUAUUAAUGAAAGUUUGAUUAUUGAUUUGGAAAUGCUUUGCUCCUGUCCAUGUGAGCGACCAGGUGCCAUUGGGUAUGAGAAGCACUCGCCGAAGUGUAAUGAUCACGGUACACUUAUGUGUGGCAUUUGCGAGUGUGAUGAUAUGCAUUUCGGUCAUAAUUGUGAGUGCUCCACCAGUGAUGUGCACACAGGCAGUGAUAAAGAUUUGGUUUGCCGACCGGAUAAUACAACGCAAGUGGAUUGUAAUAAUCGCGGUACAUGCCUGUGUGGCGUCUGUGAGUGUGAGAAGCGUCAAAAUCCAGAGGAAAUCAUUUCCGGCAAAUUCUGUGAAUGCGAUAACUUCUCGUGUGAACGUCAUAAGAAUUUGCUUUGCUCUGGGCCCGAUCAUGGCACUUGCGAGUGUAAUCACUGUGUGUGCAAGGCGGGCUGGACGGGCUCGGCAUGCGAUUGUCGCGCCUCAAACGACACCUGUAUGCCACCGAAUAGCGGUGAAAUCUGUUCGGGUCAAGGCGAAUGCGAAUGUGGUGUAUGCAAAUGUAAAUCCACCAGCGAAGGUCGCUACUCUGGCAAGUAUUGUGAGAAAUGCCCUACAUGCUCGGGUCGUUGUCAAGAGUUCAGUAAUUGUGUGCAAUGUCAAAUGUACAAGACUGGUCCGCUGAAAGAUGAAAAUGAUUGUGCCACAAAUUGCACCUUCGUACCCAUAGGCGAGGAGAAAAUUGUUAUUGAUGAAGAGAAAGAUGAACAGCUUUGCAUAUUCUAUGAUGAAGAUGACUGUAAAUUUACAUUCAAAUAUAGUGAAGUGAACCAUAAAGUCGAAGUUCACGCACAGCAGGAGCGUGAAUGUCCACCAAAGGUGUUUAUGUUGGGCAUUGUAUUGGGUGUGAUCGCCGCUAUUGUUUUGGUGGGUUUGGCUAUAUUGCUUUUGUGGAAGUUGCUGACAACCAUACACGAUCGCAGGGAAUUUGCACGCUUCGAGAAGGAGCGCAUGAACGCCAAGUGGGACACGGGCGAGAAUCCCAUCUACAAGCAAGCAACUUCAACUUUCAAAAAUCCUAUGUACGCCGGCAAAUAAAAUUUGAAGCAACUAUAAUACAGAUAAAAAAAACUGCUUGGGCAAUGUUGUAUUGUUUUGGUUACGAAUUUCUCUCUAAUUGCCAUAUUAACAAAAAGAAAAAAAACUGAAUUUUAUGUCGGAAGUUGCGUGUAUUUGCUAGGAGUAAAAAAUACAUAUUCUAAAAUUAGAACCACACCACUUUAUUUAUAUCACAUACAAACAUGCAUAUGUGUACUAGCAUCAGCUACUUAUUGUACUGUUAAUAUAAUGCAAUAAUUGAACUGACAUUUAAUUAAAUUAACGAAAAUAUUGCUUAAGUUAUAGGGUACAUAAUUGCAACACCUUUUGUUGAGUAUUACACAUAAGAGCAUAACUGUUGUGUGCUUCCGUUAGUGUAUAUAUGGAAGAUACAUAUAUAUUUUUUAAAAUAAUAUACUGCCAUUAACAUACAUUUUUACAAACAAAGCAGACAAAACAAUUAUAAACAUAUAUACUAUACAGAAUUUAAGCGAGUAUGAAGCAGAUAAUUAAUUUGAGAAGUAAUGUAUGUGCCUUUUGAAAUAUAAAAACAGUUUACAUUAAAAAAUAUAUAUUUAUACAUUUGUACUCACCACCAGUAGAACAGAUGAAACUGACAUUCAGCUAUAAUUACACCACCAAAAAUAUAUACAAAUUCUAAUGGCAUAUACUUUUCACAACAUAUUGUAGUAACAAAUUAAGCACUCGGCAAGUAAGUGAGUAGAGAGUUUGUUGUAGAAAAAAAGAAAAUUUGGAUAACACUGCAUUGCCUAUUUGCCUUUAAAUAGACGUUGAAUUUGUAUAAACGAAGAUCCAAUUUUUUUGUAACUCUUAACGAAGCACAAAACGAAUAUUGAAAUAUAUAUCCAUAUAUAUAUAAUAUAUAUAUUUUUUUUGUAAUGAGAAUUUAUACUGCAAACGUGCCUAUUAAACAUUCAUUUUGUACUAAAAGUCAAUAAAAGAAAACAUAAUAGGGGGAAAAACUCCUUUCGAGACAGUUAAGAA